GUUCCCAGCAAGGUUAUACAGAGGAUCCACUGACUGAAGAUGGAGAGUGGCCCCGCUGUCUGCUGCCAGGACCCUCGGGCAGAACUGGUAGAUCGGGUGGCAGCCAUCAAUGUGGCACACUUAGAAGAGGCUGAUGAGGGCCCAGAGCCUUCCAGGAAUGGUGUAGACCCUCCUCUCCGGGCCAGAGCUGCCUCUGUGAUCCCCGGCAGUGCUUCAAGACCCAUGCCAGUGCGGCCCAGCCUCUCAGCUAGGAAGUUCUCCCUGCAGGAACGGCCAGCCGGAAGCUGUCUAGAGGCCCAGGCUGGGCCUUACUCUACCGGACCUGCCACUCACAUCUCUCCUCGGGCCUGGCGGAGACCCACCAUUGAGUCCCACCAUGUGGCCAUCUCAGACACGGAGGACUGUGUGCAACUGAACCAGUACAAGCUGCAGAGUGAGAUUGGCAAGGGUGCCUACGGUGUGGUGAGGCUGGCCUACAACGAAAGUGAAGAUAGACACUAUGCGAUGAAAGUCCUUUCCAAAAAGAAGUUACUGAAGCAGUAUGGCUUUCCUCGCCGUCCUCCCCCUAGAGGGUCUCAAGCCACCCAGGGAGGGCCAGCCAAACAGCUGCUGCCGCUGGAGCGUGUGUACCAGGAGAUUGCCAUCUUAAAAAAGCUGGACCAUGUGAAUGUAGUCAAAUUGAUCGAGGUCCUGGAUGCUCCUGCCGAGGACAAUCUCUAUUUGGUGUUUGACCUCCUGAGAAAGGGGCCCGUCAUUGAAGUGCCCUGCGACAAGCCCUUCCCGGAGGAGCAAGCUCGCCUCUACCUGCGGGACAUCAUCCUGGGCCUCGAGUAUCUGCACUGCCAGAAGAUCGUUCAUAGGGACAUCAAGCCAUCCAAUCUACUCCUUGGGGAUGAUGGGCAUGUGAAGAUCGCCGACUUCGGGGUCAGCAACCAGUUCGAGGGGAACGACGCUCAGCUGUCUAGCACAGCAGGGACCCCAGCAUUCAUGGCCCCCGAGGCCAUUUCUGAUUCUGGCCAGAGCUUCAGUGGGAAGGCCUUGGAUGUAUGGGCCACCGGGGUCACCUUGUAUUGCUUUGUCUAUGGGAAGUGCCCAUUCAUUGAUGAGUACAUCCUGGCCCUUCACAGGAAGAUCAAGAAUGAGGCCGUGGUGUUCCCUGAGGAGCCAGAGGUCAGUGAAGAGCUCAAGGACCUGAUCCUGAAGAUGCUAGACAAGAACCCUGAAACAAGAAUCGGGGUGUCUGAUAUCAAGUUACACCCUUGGGUGACUAAGCAUGGAGAGGAACCCCUCCCUUCAGAGGAGGAGCACUGCAGUGUGGUGGAGGUGACUGAGGAGGAGGUGAAGAACUCAGUCAAGCUCAUCCCCAGCUGGACCACUGUGAUCCUGGUCAAGUCCAUGCUGAGAAAGCGUUCCUUUGGGAACCCAUUCGAGCCCCAAGCACGCAGGGAAGAAAGAUCCAUGUCUGCUCCUGGAAGUUUACUGAUAAAAGAAGGAUGCGUAGAAGGUGGCAAAAGCCCAGAGCUUCCCGGAGUCCAGGAAGACGAGGCCGCAUCCUGAGUCUCUGCGUGUGCUCGGGGCCCUC